AUGAAGGAUUCAGAGGAAGUUGUACCCUCCAACAACCACCAGCAGACGAGGAGGACAAGUGUCAUCCCCAAGAACACAAUGGCUGACACAGACAGUCCGGCUGAGUGGAAAACAACUAGCAGCCUGUUUGGACAGAACCGUCAGCUCUGGCCCUGUUGGUCGCUUCUGUGGAGUCCUCAUCAGGAGGAAAGGUCUGAGCCAGGUGUCCUGAGGUGUCAAGACCCAACACCCAGCUGUGUUUGUGAAUUUUACUUUCUGACAGGAAGUUACAGCAACUACAACUACGACCUCUCUGGCCCGGAGCUGACGGAUCUCUACAACCAGCGAGUUUACCAAGCUGAGCAAGUACUAAGGCCGUUAAAAGGAUAUCCUAUUGCUUUCGGAGUUAGCCACACUGGAGUUCGAGUGAUGCUGGAAAACGGCGAUCAGUGGCUCAUCCAUAAAGGAAACGGACGUGGACCUCAGACGGUGGUGACUGAUGCUCGACACAUGAGCUCAGCUUGGGAGCUGAUCCGCACCAGAAACUUUAAGGGAACCAAGACGGUUUCAGACUUUGUGAGCACUGGGGGACCCAACUAUGGCCUAAUCAAAGAUAACCGCUAUGAUGGGUCUUGUCGGAUAAUGGAUCAGUGA